CAUACUGGAAUCUCAAUCACUGAUCCAACCCCACCUUCAUUCUUUUCUUUUUUUUAAUCUUUUACUUUGUUUCUCCUCCAUUCUUCUGCUCUGAGACUGAGAAUGAACACAUGACCACCUUCUUCCUUCUUUUGUAGCUCCCAUGAAUAAAUAAACAAAGUGAAAAUCAAAUCAAACCAUAAUCAAAGGUAAAGAUUUUAUUUAUUUAUUGCUUAUUACUUAUUUUAAAGAAAAAAGAGAAAAGCAAAAGGAGCUUGUUUGUGUUUUAGGUACUGUUUGUGUGAGAGUUUAUAGUAGCAGUACCCAACACAACAACUUCAGCUUUUCCUUUUUCUUUGUUUACAUUCACAUUCUUGUGUUUUCCCUUUCUUUCUUUCUUUAGACCCAAACAGGCCUCUAUUCCCUCCCCAACUUCAAUUCCAACUCCUACUGAGUGGGUUUGUCUGUAUUUCUCUAAAAAAAAUCCAGGCUAUCAACUGGGUUGCUGUAGUCUGUAGAUCCACAUUUCGUGCGCAGAGCAGCAAUUUCAAGGGUUUUGAUAGCUGGUUUUGCGGUUGGAGUUGUUUGUGAUGGUAUUUGCUCAUCCGAUAUGGAGAAGAUCCCAGAAAUGAAGUCACUCCCAGUUUACUUGUCUUCUGCCAGUCUAAUAGUAGGGAAUAAGGUGAUUUCUGCUAGAGAACAGUUGAGUCGAUCCAAGGGACGAGAUGCUCAGGACUUGGAUUUUCCCGUGCCCACAAGGCCAUGGAAAGGAAAUAUAUCUCUGCAAGAACAGGACGAUCUGAUGUUGGAUGUUAUCACAUCGAAUCAUAGUGCUGAUUCUGUUGAUGAUGGUGUUGGCUCAACUUCUUUUUCAGGGGCUAGUCAUCCUCCUGAACCCGUUGACACCGAUUUAAUGAGACCAGUAUAUGUGCCUAUCAGUCACAACAAGUCAGAUGCAGGAUCCUUGGUGAAGAGUAUGUCGGCAAAGGGUCCUUUUAUUGAUGAUCUUUUGAUCCAGGUCCCUCCGAGGAAACCAAGCUCAGUUGUCCUCUCUCCUGCUGAAAGCUUGGUGGAAGAACCAAAUGAGCAGAACGCAAUAUCUUCUCCAUUUUUGGUCCCUCGUGCAUCACAGAAUACCGAGGCCUCUCUCCCUCCAGAUACAGAUGAAAAGGAAUGUGUUUGGGAUGCUUCAUUGCCGCCAAGUCCGUUUAGUAGUAUUGACAGUACUAGUGUAGCCAGAUCUAUGAGCAUUGCUAAUAGUUGUGCAAGCACGUAUAGGAGUGAUGGAAUUACCAGCGAUGGAAUGCUAAGCUUUGAAAGGAAUUGUGAGAGUGCAAAAUACAGUAUUCGAGGUGGAGACUCACUUGAAAGUGCAAAAACUAGCAUGAGCCGAGCAAGUGAUAGUAGUGGCCUUAGUGAUGAUAGUAAUUGGAGCAACCUUACUGGAAGUGCUAAUAAGCCACAUAAAGGGAAUGAUCCUAGAUGGAAGGCUAUACUAGCCAUCAGAGCUCGGGAUGGAAUGUUGGGUAUGAGCCACUUUAGGCUACUCAAGCGACUUGGUUGUGGUGACAUUGGAAGUGUGUAUCUGUCUGAGCUGAGUGGGACCCGCUGUUAUUUUGCUAUGAAGGUAAUGGACAAGGCAUCACUUGCUGCUAGGAAGAAAUUAACUAGAGCUCAAACGGAAAGAGAGAUUCUGCAACUGCUUGAUCAUCCAUUUUUGCCGACUUUGUAUACACAUUUUGAGACUGAUAGGUUUUCCUGUUUGGUCAUGGAGUAUUGUCCAGGAGGUGACCUUCACACUUUAAGACAACGCCAGCCAGGAAAACAUUUUUCUGAGUAUGCAGCAAGGUUUUACGCUGCUGAAGUGUUGUUGGCUCUUGAGUACCUUCACAUGCUUGGAGUUAUCUACAGAGACUUAAAACCAGAAAAUGUCUUAGUUCGUGAUGAUGGGCAUAUAAUGCUUUCCGAUUUUGACCUUUCCUUGCGUUGUACCGUAUCUCCAACCCUAAUAAAAACUUCAUCUGAUUCUGGCCCUCAAAAUGCAUUCUGUGUACAGCCAGCUUGUAUUGAGCCUUCAGUAGUUUGCAUCCAACCUGCAUGUUUCCUUCCUGGAAUUUUUCCUAAGAAGAACAAGAAAAAAACCAGACAACUUAAAAAUGAGCCUGGAUUUGUAUCCAGAACUCUUCCUGAGCUUCUUGCCGAGCCAACCCAAGCACGAUCCAUGUCCUUUGUGGGGACCCAUGAAUACUUAGCACCAGAAAUUAUCAAGGGAGAAGGUCACGGAAGUGCUGUUGACUGGUGGACUUUUGGGAUAUUCUUGCAUGAACUACUCUACGGUAAGACCCCCUUUAAAGGGUCGGGAAAUCGUGCCACUCUCUUCAACGUUGUGGGGCAGCAACUGAAGUUCCCAGAUUCUCCAGCAACAAGCUAUGCAAGUCGGGAUUUGAUAAGAGGAUUGCUUGUGAAAGAACCACAAAACAGGCUAGGAGUGAAGAGGGGUGCCACUGAACUCAAGCAGCACCCAUUCUUUGAAGGGGUUAACUGGGCUCUGAUACGUUGCAGCACACCUCCAGAGAUACCGAGACCAAUGGAAAUGGAGUUGCCAGGUAAGUUUGGGGCGGUAGAUAACACAGCUGUUGGUGGUGGUGGUGGUGGUGUUGGUGGUGUUGGUAUGGGUAUGAUGGGUAUGGGUACGGGUACGGGUACGGGUAUGGGUAGUGUCAGUAAAAGAAUGGCCAACACUGAGACAAAGCCAGGCGGCGGUAAAUAUUUGGAUUUUGAAUUCUUUUAGCUAGUGUACGGGUAAUGUUUACAGGACAAACUGAGGCUGUAUUUUGGUAGAUGGUUGUAUUGCCCUGUGAAAAAUCUGCAUGCACAUGUUUUGGCAGUGCAUUUUGAGCAAGAAAACUAGUUAGGAACAUUCCAAUGCCAUUUCAUCUGGAAAUCCUUAGUAUUUAUUUUUCAGUUAGAUCAUACUUCUACAUCAUCUACAUGGUAGAUAAUUAUAAUACCAAUGUAUACCGAGUAGACGACUACAGACUGUCAUCAGUUCAUUUCUAUCAUGCUUCGUUAUGUUGCUGCA